AUGCCCUCGCCCCCACCACCCCGCGCAGACCAGCGCGCCCCCUCACCCACAAAGGCACGCUCGCGCUCCCCCCGCCGAAGCCGCAGUCCCGCGUCGCGCAAGCCCAAGAACUUCUCCGGCCUGAAGUGGAAGAACGACAAGAAAGAGUCUUCAGACCGGGAUUCGCGACGGCGCGACGGCGACAGACGAGAUGCAGAAAGACGGCCAGAGCGGUACGGCGGGCGAGAUGACCGCGACUCUCACCGCCGUGACGACCGCGACUCUCACCGCCGUGACGACCGCGACUCCCGCCGCCGCCGCUCACGGUCGCGUGACCGACGACCACACUCGGACCGCGAGCGGCGUCCGCGCUCCGACAAGCCCCCCAAGGACAAGGCUGCCGCCGCCGCCGCCCCUCCCGCCGCAACAGGCGAAGCCAUGAUCAUCGUAACCGUCAACGACCGCCUAGGCACCAAGACGCAAGUCCCCUGCCUCCCCUCGGAUCCCGUCAAGGUGCUGAAAGCCAUGGUGGCGGCCAAGAUCGGACGGCCCGUGCAUGAGAUUAUGCUGAAGCGGCAGGGGGAGCGGCCGUUCCAUGAUAGUCUGAGUCUGGCGGACUAUGCCAUUAGCAAUGGGGUGCAGAUUGAUUUGGAGCUGAACACGGGGGACUAG